UCAGUUAAAAACUACACCAAAUGUCACGUGAGAAAUGAACAGAUCUGCAAUAAGUUGACCAGCUGCAAGAGCUGCUCCCUGCACCUGAACUGCCAGUGGGACCAGAGGCAGCAGGAGUGCCAGGCGCUACCUGCUCAUCUCUGUGGAGAAAGAUGGAGUCAUAUUGGAGAUGCCUGCCUCCACAUAAAUUCUAGUCGUGAAAGCUAUGACAAUGCUAAGCUGUAUUGCUACAACUUAAGUGGAAAUCUUGCCUCAUUAACAACCUCAAAAGAAGUGGAAUUUGUUCUGGAUGAAAUACAGAAGUAUACACUUCAGAAAAUUUCACCUUGGGUAGGUUUACGCAAGAUCAACAUCUCCUACUGGGGCUGGGAUGACAUGUCUCCUUUUACAAAUACAACCCUGCAGUGGCUUCCUGGAGAGCCAAAUGACUCCGGCUUCUGUGCCUAUCUGGAGAGAGCAGAGGUGGCAGGUCUGAAAGCAAAUCCCUGCACUGCAAUGGCAGAUGGCCUUGUGUGUGAAAAACCUGUUGUCAGUCCCAACCAGAAUGCCAGACCCUGCAAAAAGCCGUGCUCCCUGCGAACAACGUGUUCCAACUGCACGAGCAAUGGUAUGGAAUGUAUGUGGUGCAGCAGCACCAAGAGAUGUGUUGACUCCAAUGCCUAUAUCAUCUCCUUCCCCUAUGGACAGUGCCUGGAAUGGCAAACUGCCACAUGCUCCCCUCAAAACUGCUCUGGACUGAGGACCUGUGGACAGUGUUUGGAACAGCCUGGGUGUGGAUGGUGCAAUGAUCCCAGUAACACUGGUAAAGGACAAUGUUUGGAAGGAUCAUCACGAGGUCCAAUGAAGCCUGUUGGUAAUGAAAUGGUGCUUGAUGCUGGUCUUUGCCCAAAAGAGAAAAAUUAUGAGUGGUCUUUUAUCCAGUGUCCAGCUUGCCAGUGUAACGGCCACAGCACCUGCAUCAACAGCAAUGUCUGCGAUCAGUGUAAAAACCUCACAACAGGAAAACAGUGUGAGACGUGCAUGCCAGGAUAUUAUGGCGAUCCCACAAAUGGAGGACAGUGCACAGCUUGCACAUGCAGCGGACAUGCAAAUAUAUGUCACAUGCAAACAGGAAAAUGCUUCUGCACAACUAAGGGAAUCAAAGGAGAUCAGUGUCAACUCUGUGACUCUGAAAAUAGGUAUCUUGGAAAUCCACUUAGGGGAACAUGCUACUACAGCCUUUUGAUUGACUACCAGUUUACCUUCAGCUUAUUACAAGAGGAUGACCGCCAUCACACUGCCAUAAACUUUAUAGCAAAUCCAGAACAGUCAAAUAAAAAUUUGGACAUAUCAAUUAAUGCAUCAAACAACUUCAACCUCAAUAUUACAUGGUCUAUUGGUUCUACAGCUGGAACAAUAUCUGGAGAAGAGAUUCCUGUUGUUUCUAAGGCUAAUAUUAAGGAAUACAGAGACAGCUUUUCCUGUGAAAAAUUUAACUUUCGAAGCAACCCAAACAUCACCUUCUAUGUCUAUGUCAGCAAUUUCUCCUGGCCAAUCAAAAUACAGAUUGCCUUCUCACAGCACAAUACUAUCAUGGAUCUGGUGCAGUUCUUUGUCACCUUCUUCAGUUGUUUCUUAUCCUUACUGCUGGUAGCUGCUGUCGUUUGGAAAAUCAAACAAACCUGUUGGGCUUCUCGACGGAGAGAGCAACUUAUGCGGGAGCGACAGCAGAUGGCCAGCCGCCCCUUUGCUUCUGUCGAUGUAGCACUGGAAGUAGGAGCUGAGCAAACAGACUUUCUACGAGGGCCAUUAGAGGGUGCUCCUAAACCGAUUGCCAUUGAGCCAUGUUCAGGAAACAGAGCCGCAGUCCUGACGGUGUUUUUGUGUCUUCCCAGAGGACCAUCAGGAGUCCCCCCACCUGGUCAGUCAGGUCUUGCAAUUGCAAGUGCACUGAUAGACAUUUCACAACAGAAGCCUGCGGACUGUAAAGAUAAGAAUUCAGGAGUCAGAAAUCGAAAACACCACCUUUCAACACGUCAAGGAACUUGUGUCUGAGAUUCAAAAACUACAAUUGUAUAUUCUGUAAUGUUUUCUUUUUAAAUGGCUUCCAUUGAAAGCUCUACUACAGCCUCAGUUUUUUAUGGAGGCAAAUCUAUGAAUGAACAUAUGAGGUACUGUGCUCUGUUCUAGUCACACAGCCUGCUAUACCCCAAAGCAGAACAAACUUGUGGAAGGUGUGAGUAUGUUUGAUGAGCUUUAAUAAAAGGAGUGGAUCCUGGUAUCAACAAAAUACUAAAUAAAAUACCUAGUAUUCUUAAUCCUGAACAUAUCAGAGCAGAGAAAAUCCUUGAACACAACUACGAAAAACUUUACAUUGUUUUGUAAUGUAGAAGCAAAUUGUAUAAUUGAAAACUGAGCAAAUUCCAGAAAACUAAAGGAAAUUUUUGUAUAGCUUGAUGUAACAACGAGAAUUGUACAGUUCCUUCCUUGUAAUCAGCAUGAAAAUUUCUUUCCAGCAAGCAGGAACUAAAAAGGAUCAUUUGGAUUUAGAUGUUCUUUCAUCAUUGCCUGAAAUAGAUAGGCAGCUUUUGAACUUAGCAUAGGUGUAACCCAAGAACACCACAUGUUAAUAUUUGAAAGAUAAUUCCAUUAAAAUAGAAUAAUUUGAGCAUUUCAUGAUUGUUUUUCUUUACACUGAAAACACCUCAUAUACAUAAUCUGUGCUGCAGCAGAGUGAUGGGGGGCUUUCAUGUCUCUGUACCUAAGGGUUCGUCCUGAAUUCAGAAUGAUAUAUUUUACAAAGAGGGUCCUUUAUGCCAGCUAACUGAUUAGCAAAAUUAAUUGAGCAUGGAAAAGCUUUUUCUGCAGUAAAAUUUCCUUUUUUUUUUUCUGAGACAGUCUCCAAGAUUGCAAAUCUAAGGAGAGUUGAACUUGCUGUUAUUCAACCUGCUUCCAUUUCAAUAUUGAAAUUUGCUGGUAUCUAUAUAUUGUCCUGACCUCUAAGCAGGAGAAAUGAAUCCCAGUCAGCACUUUGGCCUUUGUUUUUAUAAUGUAGUAUGGAUUUUUUUCCCCCCAGAUGCAGAAUUUCAUCUCCUUCUCACUUUCAUACCCAUUACAUAAAUUAAUUAAAUAAAUAAAUACUUAGAAAUCCAAGUUGCUUCCAACAGUGGUUCUCAAAUCCAACAUCCAGUAUGGAACCUCACACAGUCAGUACUCAACAACAAGAAGCAGAUUAAAGAGUUUCCUUUCCAAAGGACAUUAGUCUUUUGGGGGCUCAGUAACCACAACAGAUAACCCAGCGAACAGCUUUAAUGGCCCUCAGUCUUUUUAUUUACUCAAAAUUCAUGAAUAUAUAUAAAAGAGCAAGAGAAUGUUAAGGGGUAAGUAGCAGAUGUGUCAUAUUCUCAUUUACACAUUACACAUUGACAGCAGUAUAAUAUGAAACUAGUAGUUUUGUACAAGGUUGUUGAAAGUAUAGUUUCUCAACUCCAAAUUUGCCACCAUACUAGUACAGGAGAGUGAUACAGAGGUAUAAAUGUCUCAUGUAAUGAUAGACUUUUGGUAAAUAUGAAAGAUAUAAAAUGAUAAUUGAUGUUUACUAUUAUAUCUGUAUUUUUUAUGUUCUUUUUAUUUCAGGAAGAUGAUGACAUUUUACUGUUUAUAGUUGACUACAUAGUUACUUGCAUGCCAUGGUGGUGCAGUAGCAGUAAUAAAGCCCUGUUGUGAGUUGUGUUUAUUUCCUAAAGCCAUUCAUACAUCAAAGUACUCAGCUUAAUUUGGAUGAGGACUAAAUGUAAAAAGAAUUAUAAAAAAGGAACUAUUGUACAGUAUGUAGUUAUAUCUUAUACAGGAAUAUUAGGUUGCAUCUAACCAUCUCUAUUGUUUUGAUAAAUUAUGCACUGAUGAAUUAUGGUAUAAUUAAUUCUUAUACUGGCAUGAUUGUUUCAGUAUUUUCAUAUCUUAAAAUAAGAUUAUUAUCUUAAAAGAAUGCCAUCACAAUCUUGUGAGUUUUAUUGCCUAUUCUGACCUCAUAUAACUUAAAACUUAAAAAAUUUCUUUUUAAAACUUCUAUUGGGAACUUUCAACAAGUGCUACUUAUAAUAGAAAAAAAAUCAUCAUUGGAAGACAACUUUCUACCAGUUUUAAAGUUAAUCUGUUCAAAUGAUUAUAAACUGAUGGAACUGGUUUAUAUGAUGCAUACACUUAUGAAAAGGAAAGAACCACUUGUCUGGAAUAUAUUACUAACCCUGUAUUAUCCUCAACCUAAACAUUUCACAUGAGAAAUAUACAGUGUGUGUUUUGUGUAUAUACUGGAAACUCCAUCCACAGAAGGACCAUAUGGUCCUGUAGAACAGUUUUGCCUGUACUCACUCAUAAAGGAUUACAUUCCUCUGUAUCUCAACCAGAGUUUAAAAUAUACUUGAAAUGCAGGUGUGAGU